UCUGGGUAUUUGUUGUGUUGCGUUUGUGUUGUGUUACUGUGAGGAUGUUCUCCCGAAAUGUGUUUGUUGUUCUUAAUUGGUGUGGCUUCACAGCGUGGCGCAUAUUACUAAGAGUGUUAAAAUUGUUUAUAUCACAACCAUUAGUGUACUCUGUGUCACCCAGUAUGCCUUGCAGUCGUGUGCGUGUUUCCGCGGAAGCAACACACAACUUGAUGCUGGACUGACAAGCAGAUCGUACAUGUUGUAGUAGGCGACAAAGCCAAUGGCUUCAUAGCACGCCCUAAUACUUAUCAGUCAAGAGAAUAAUAGCGUCUCCUAUUGUCUUCUUUGCUUUAUGACACGGGUCUUAAAUGGCUCAUUGAAUGGCAAAUCCCAGAACCACGUAUAUCAAAUAUUUCCGGAUGGUUCAACCGCCACCCGCCCGGAUCUAAUAUAAAUCAAUUUUUCUGUCAUGUCAACCGCCCGACCCGCGGUUUAUCCGCGGACUCCGCGGAUGAGACCGCAAACCGCGCAUCUCUAGUUCCCAUGCUAGCUCUUUUUGUUUGUUAUCCGCCCACGUGCGCGCCUUUUGUUUGUACCCUUUGUUUGUUUUUGUCUUAGUGUUUUAAAUUAAAUCAUGUUUUCCUGCAAAAUGCCUCCCACCUUCUCUGCAUCUUGGGGUUCGUCAACAACUCUUUCUGACAAAAACUUUAAAAACUGUGCUAUGUUUUGCAGCUCUAUACUAUUCAUCUGUAGUCGAUAAGGUGGCAAAAUGUCUGUUUUGUUAGUGAAGUUUGCUGACCCCUGCCCUAGGAUCACAACUCUGCUAAUCCUGGAUUAUUCCUUUCUCGAUGUAAAUCAAGCACGUAAAUAUAACUUGAUUUGUUUAGAAUUCACACAGCAAUGUUUGGAUGACUCUUAACUCAACAAGUCUGAAAGAUGCUGUCUGAAGUUCUAACCUCACACUGCCGGUGCCAUAACUAGCAUUACCUGGGAUGCCAUUGACGCUUGCAAAACGUCAAGCGGUGGGAUUUAAAACUUAAGAAGGCUUUAUGACGCUUGCGUCAAAGUCAUUAGUGCCCUUUGGGAUCCCCUUACCACCGGGUUAGCAGUGAAAAAGUAGGACCUGGACGAUGCGUCAGUGAGGACAGCACCGUCACAUCUUCUGGAGCUGGGAACUGAUUUGCUCUUCCACGUUAACGCAGCAGAAGGAAGAUCUAGACUUGCGGAAGCAAAAAUGGGCGACAAGGACACAGUGGAGAAGUUCCUUGACAACAACCUCCAGUUUGCAAAGGAGUACUACGAAAAAAAGAUCAAAGCCGAUAUGAUCACAGCUGCCUUCAACAACCAGGUGCAGGUGAAAGACCCGUCCUCUUACAAGGACGUCUCCACCAUCCAGGAGGCUGAGUUCUUAUUCGAGCUGAUCAAGGAGAUGCAAGGCGAGGUGGUUGUGGAGAAAGCCUUGCACAAAAUCCUCCAGAGGAUCGCUUUGCUGGUGCAGGCGGACCGCUGCAGCUACUUCGGCUACCGGUCCCGCAACGGAACGCCCGAGCUGUCCACCAUCCUCUUCGACGUCACGCACAAUUCGGCGUUUGAGAAAAACUUGGUGAACCCCAACUUGGAGAUUGUUUUCCCCACAGACAUGGGGAUCGUUGGGUGGACGGCACACUCCAAAAAGCCUCAGAAUAUCGCCGACGUGAAGAAGGACUCUCAUUUCAGCGACUUUGUGGACAAGCAGACCAAAUACACCACCAAAAAUAUGAUCACGGCGCCCAUCAUGUGCGAGAAGGACCCGGUGGGCGUCGUCAUGGCGCUCAACAAGCAGGGCGCCGACGCUUUCUCAAAGAGUGAUCAGGAGCUCUUCAAUAAAUAUGUCAACUUCGCCGCUGUGGUUGCCCUCCAAGCUCACAACGCUUACAUGUGGGACGUGGAGUCGAGGAGAAGCCAGGUUCUGCUGUGGUCGGCCAGCAAAGUGUUUGAAGAACUGACGGACAUCGAGAGGCAGUUUCACAAGGCCUUGUACACGGUCCGGACUUACAUCAAGUGUGAGAGGUACUCUGUGGGACUCCUGGACAUGACGAGAGACAAAGAGUUCUUUGAUGAGUGGGCCAUCAAACUUGGGGAACAGGAACCUUACAAGGGUCCCAAAACACCUGAUGGCAGAGAAAUCAACUUCUACAAAAUUAUUGACUACCUGCUGGAAGACAAAGAGGAGAUUAAAGUCAUCCCCGGCCCCCCUGCAGACCACUGGGCCCUGGUCAGCGGAUUGCCAGCAUAUGUGGCUGAGAAUGGAUUUAUCUGCAACAUGAUGAACGCCGGAUCAGAUGAGUAUUUUGCAUUUCAGAAAGAGGCGGUGGACGAAAGCGGAUGGACGAUCAAGAACGUCCUCGCCCUUCCCAUCGUCAACAAAAAGGAAGAAAUUGUUGGCGUCGCAACUUUCUUUAACAGGAAAGACGGCAAGCCGUUUGACGAGAAUGACGAGCAAAUUACAGAAGCUCUGACCCAGUUCCUCGGCUGGUCCACUCUGAAUAGCGACACAUACGACAAACUCAACAGGACCGAAUGGAGCAAGGACAUCGCACAGGAAAUUCUCAUGUACCAAAGCAAGGCCACCCCGAAAGAUGUGCAGAGCAUCUUGAGCACGCAAGAAAAGUUUGGUUCUGCACCUGAGGACUGUGAUCAGAAAGAGAUGUACAAACUUCUGAGAGCCAACAUUCCUGAAUCCAAGACCGUGGAGCUGCAUGAGUUCCGCUUCAGUGACUUCCCACUGUCCGAGGUGGAGCUCAUCAAGUGCGGCAUCCGCUGCUUUUUUGACCUGGGCGUGGUCGAGAAGUUUAAAGUACCAGCAGAGAUUUUGACGCGAUGGAUGUAUACCGUUCGCAAGGGCUACCGUGACAUCACCUACCACAACUGGAGGCACGGCUUCAACGUCGGACAAACCAUGUUCACUCUUCUGCUCACCGGCAAGCUGAAGAAGUACUACUCGGAUCUAGAUGCCUUUGCCAUGGUGGCUGCUGGAUUCUGCCACGACAUCGACCACAGAGGGACCAACAACCUCUACCAGACUAAGAGUGCAUCUCCACUGGCCAAGCUUCACAGCACCUCCAUCAUGGAGCGACAUCACCUCGAGUACAGCAAAACUCUCAUGGAAGACGAGAAUCUGAACAUCUUUCAAAACCUGCAAAAGCGCCAAUUUGAGACAGUGCAGCACCUGUUUGAAGUCUGCAUCAUCGCCACUGACCUCGCACUUUAUUUCAAGAAAAGAACAAUGUUCCAAAAGAUUGUUGACGUCAUAGAGGGGAUGCCCGAGGAGAAAGAGAGGAUCGGCUACAUCUCCAACAAUUCAACCAGGAAGGAGAUCAUCAUGGCAAUGAUGAUGACAGCAUGCGACUUGUCAGCCAUCACGAAGCCGUGGGAGGUUCAGAGCAAGGUGGCUCUGAUGGUGGCGGCGGAAUUUUGGGAGCAAGGAGACUUGGAGAGGACAGUCCUGGACCAGCAACCCAUUCCAAUGAUGGACAGAAAUCACGCUGAUGAGCUGCCAAAGAUGCAGUGCGGUUUCAUCGAUUUUGUCUGUUCCUUCGUGUAUAAGGAGUUUUCACGCUUCCACACGGAGAUCAGCCCCAUGUUUGAAGGCUUGAACAAGAACAGGGGAGAGUGGAGAGCUCUGGCUGAUGUCCACGAGGCCAAGAUGAAGGCGAUUGAAGACGAGAAGAAAAAACUGGAAGGAGGUGUUGGUGAAGAAGUUGCAUCAAAGUCAAAGACAUGUGUGAUCUGCUAGAACUGACCAGGAGUUUUGAAUGGUUAAAAACAGACCCCAAAAUAUUUUUACAAAGCCACAUACUGUUAUUUUUGUAUACCAAUAGGAGUACUUCUAGCACAGAAAGUUGUUUAAAUUUUUUGUCAGUCUUCAGUAAAGAUUGUACAGUAGGCCAACGUAACACUACUUUUAAUUAUACCUAAAUCUUGCACAAUUAAAUUGUUUUUUAAUUGU